AUGGAGAUUGUUGAUUCUGAGGUGAAUGAUUUAGUAUCCAAAGGGGCAAUAACUCAGUCUAUUCAUGAGAAAGGUGAAUUUGUUUCUAAUUUGUUCCUGGUCCAAAAGAAAAAUAGUAAAUUUAGGCCAGUCAUUAAUUUGAGGAAGUUGAACGAGUUUGUGGUGUACCACCAUUUUAAGCAGGAGACCUUAGAUGUUGUACUAGAAUCUGUAGAGAGAGGUGAUUUCUUCACUUCUAUUGAUCUGAAGGAUGCAUAUUUCAGUAUACCAGUGAACAAACAUCAUAGGAAAUACCUGAAAUUCAAAUGGAGAGGUAUACUAUAUGAGUUUAUGGCUAUGCCUUUCGGUUUGACAAGUGCCCCUCGGAUAUUUACCAAAGUACUGAAGCCAAUUAUGGCUAAAGUUCGCAGCUUGGGUAUCCAUGCUUUCUAUUACAUAGAUGACUCUUUGGUCAAGGCUGCUGACAGAGAGGUUUGUGAAAGGAAUUGUAGGGUGUUAGCUGGAGUUUUGGAAUCUGCUGGGUUCCAGAUUAGUUCCGAAAAAUCUUUGUUUUCUGCUAGUCAAAUGGUCAUUCAUCUUGGGUACUUGAUAGAUUCUAUCACAUUUACCGUUUCGUUACCAGAACAAAAGGUGAAGAAAAUCAUAGAUGCAUGUUCCCAUGUCUUAGGUCAAGAGUCAAUUUCUCUAAGGGAACUUGCUAGUCUCAUUGGCUUGUUUACGUCAUCUCUUAGAGCAGUUCGGCUGUCAGGACUAUUUUACAGAUUGGUAGACAAGGAAAAGACAGCAGCCCUACAUAAUGGUUUGUCUUAUGACGACAAGGUCAGUUUGUCUAGGUUGGCACAAACGGAGAUAGUAUGGUGGAGAGAUAAGGUGAACAGUAUGAAUGGUCGGGCGAUAAGACCAAGUGAUCCAGAUGUGAUUAUGGAAACUGAUGCAUCUGGUGAUGGAUGGGGAGCAAAGUUUGGCUCUCAGAUAACAAAAGGUCUUUGGUCAAAAGCAGAACGUGAACAUCACAUAAUUUUUUUGGAAUUAAAAGCUGUCUGGUUGGCAUUACGAUGUUUUUGUUCAGACAUGUCUGAUACUCAUGUCAGGGUUGUGACGGAUAACGUCUGUACAAUUUCAUAUGUUAAUAAGCCUGGUGGAAAUGUAACAGAGCUGAAUGAGUUAGCAAAAGAGAUAUGGCUGUGGUGUACGGACAGAAAUAUUUUCAUUUCUGCCUGCCACAUACCGGGUGUUUUGAAUGUUGAUGCUGAUUACUUGUCACGGUCAAUGCAGUCUUCGGGAGAGUGGUCACUACACCCUCUGAUAUUUGACAGGAUAUGUGGUCAUUUCUUCAAUCCAGAUGUUGACCUAUUUUCUGAUCAGCCGUGUUCUGCACAAAGUGAAGGAAGACAAAGUAAGUAUGGCAAUAGUAAUCGUUCCCUUAUGGAGAAGUCAAGCGUGGCUACCUACUCUAUUAAAUAUUGUUGUGGAUGCGCCCGCACGCCUGCCGAGGUGGCGAGACUUGCUAUUGUCCCCACAGGGGGAGCUGCAUCCCUUAAGAAACAGCCUGAGACUGAUCGCAUGUUGCGUGUCAGGAGAUCUCUCCAGAAGCAGGGCUUUUCACGACAGGCUGCCACACUUGUCUUCUCCUCCUGGAAACAGUCCACGUCCAAGCAGUAUGACUUGGCAUGGAAUAACUGGGUCUCUUGGUGUGGUGAACGACAGGUUGGUGCCAAUCAUCCCACUAUCAAGGAAGUGAUUUCCUACCUCACUCAUUUGUUUAAUGUAGGGAAAUCUUACAGUGUUAUUAAUACACAUAAGUGUAUGUUGUCCCAGACUUUGCCAUUACUAGGCCAUACAGUAUUGAUGAACAAUACCCUAAUUUCGAGGUUUAUGAAGGGGGUAUUCAACACUAAUCCUCCUAAGCCCAGGUAUUCAUCGACAUGGGAUGUGGCACCUUUGCUGAAGUAUUUGGGUGAUAUGUUCCCUUUGACAGCCCUGGAGGUGGACUCAUUGACUAGGAAAUUAGUUUGUUUGAUAGCACUUACAACAGCACAAAGAGCACAAACAUUGGUUAAUUUAGACCUUGAACAUAUGCAGGAUUUUGGACACUAUAUUGUUUUUACAGUCCCAGAACUUAUGAAAACAUCCAAGCCAUCAAAGCCAUUUUAUAAAGUAACAUUGUACAAAUAUUCUCAGGAAAGAUUAUGUGUAGUUUCAACCUUAAGAUAUUAUGUGUCACAGACAGUAAACAUACGGAAGAGUAAUAAACUUUUAGUUUCUUUCAGAAGAGGUUUGCAAGUGUCCACUUCCACAGUGGCAAGAUGGGUGAGAGAAGUGAUGAUGGCGGCUGGAAUUGAUCGACAGUUUAAACCUCAUUCAGUUAGAGGAGCGUCUGUGUCGGCAGCAUACACGGCGGGGACAUCCUUGAGGGACAUACUGGAAACGGCAAACUGGGCAUCAGCCGAGAGCUUUAGGAGGUUCUACUUAAGAGAUAUUGAUGACCCGGGUUCCUUUUCAACCAGUGUUCUGCAGACAGGGCAGUGA